UAUGAAGGGGACGUUUAUUAUUGAGAAAAUGGCGAUAGAAUUCAAAUCAAGCAGAUACAUCGCGGACAAUUCAAGUGAUUUAAUUAAAGUCGAAAAGUGAAGUGAUAUAGAGUUAAUAUUUGCAUUUUGAAAAGGUUUAAAAUCGUUACGCGUUACAAAAUAACUUGGUUCAAGUUUUCGACAAAAACAAAAUACUAUGGAAAUAGCAAUAAAAAACGUAAAUUCCCCCGAAAAAUUAACUGAAUCCCCAAUCCAAGAUGAAGUGGUUGUAUUACCGUCAGAGGGACCCCCUAAAGGACCAUCACUGGUUAGUCCACCCGGCCACCAACAUCAACAACAGCCACAGCUAAAAACAAAACGAAAGCAUAGACGCGGCAAACCGAAAGCUAAAAAUGUCAAUAAACCGUACAAGAAAACCAAUUGGAGAUUCCAAAUGCCACGCAUCAACUACAGUAAAUGUGGUUCAGCCGGCGGCAGUGGUGGUGGCAAUCGACGCGAAAAACUGCAACGUUCUCGCUCUUUAGUACCCUACAAUACCAAUAAAUUCUUGAUGGAAGAACAUUUAGCAGAAGUACCCAGUGCUCUUCUAACACCCACGGGCAGAACACGAGACUCAAGUUUCUCUAUGGACUCGGAAGACAAUUAUUUUUUCUCUUUACCCGAAGAUGAAGAAGAAUUUCUGACAAAAGAAUUUGCCAAUGUUUACGAAAAGGCUAGAGUUGAACGUUUAGAGAGCUUGAGUAAACAGGAACUUAUUGAGGAGUGUUUGCAAAUUGAGGAUCGUUACUCCAAAGAUCAGGGUAACCAAAGACAACAGCAACUGAAUAUACAACGUAUAGCACAAGAAUAUAUGGCUAAAAUACGACUCCUAGAUGAGAAAGUCAAAGCGCUGUCGAGUGAGAAUCAUAAUCUGCGCUGUCAGUUAAUGCGUUCGGCGGCUUUUGCGGCCGCUGCAGCAGCCUCACCACCUUCGGCAGCUGCUCCUAUGGGAGCGGCCUGCCAACCUACCCCCAUGGAUUCUUCGAGUGAGGACAGCGAAAGUGAUAGUUCUACAUCCAGCUCGUCAUCGUCCUCUUCAUCUUCGUCGAGCAACGAGGAGCGCCAACCAGUCCGUCGCAGACGUAGUUGUUCUUCACACAGUUCUUUAAGUGAGUACAAUGGCUAUAUAGAAAAUAACUAUAUGCACAAUAAUCUAGCUGAAGACCGCGUUAGUGGUGCAGUAAAUAAUAAUGCGCAACAGCCACCACCUGCUGCCGCACGUAUGGCCAGUGUCAAUGAAGAAGAAGAUUGUGAACGCCGCCAAUUGCUGGAUGAUCAUAUGGACGACGAAGAUGAUGUUGAAGGUGAUGAUGAGUAUGAAGAAAAUUCGCCCAAACUUAAUGGUUUUCGUAAGGAAAAACCACAGCAAGCUCAACAAGCAAGUGUUAAUAUAUCACCAAAUGUAAAUAGAGCCAUUGAAAAUAAUGCCGGCAUUCAAAAUGUAGCUAAUAACGAUGGUGGUAAUAUUGAUGUAGUAGUAGUAGAAAAUCCUUCAAACUAGUUACUCAUUAAAGUGUGAAUAAUGUCAAAUUCAUAACAUUUACGGACACACAAUCACACACACAUACCCACCCUUAUUGUUCCUCGAAAGCAACAAACUUUAUUCUAAUAUUUCCCUUGACCCUCUCCCCCUCACCAAACAAAUUAUAUGUGAUUAAGAAAAACUAACUCUUUUUGAUAAAAAGAAAGUAUAAUUAAUAAUAAAGUUGAAUAUUUCUUAGUUCACUAUUUUUAUUUUCAUGUUUUUUUCAUCUCAUAUUCAAAAUUUUAUAAAUAUUUUUUGUUGUAUUUAAAAAAAUAUGUAAUAAUUUUUCAAAUAAUUUUUGUUUAAUUAAUUUUCAUGUUUAUUAUUUUUUUUUUAUAAAUAUUUUAUAAAACGCUAAGAAAAAAUUAAGCUAUGAUUUUUUAAUUUUUAUUCUUGUAAAAAAUUAAUUGGAAAAAUUAAAAAAAAAUAUAUUUAAUAUAUACAUACAUACAUUCGUAACAAGA